GUUACGGCCGCUAGCUGCUUGUGAAGGACCGCCGCGACUGUUUGCGAGCCUCCGCGGCUGGCGUGACAAACCGCACGCAGCAUCGGUCAUCAGUUGCAUCUGUGAAGCGCUCCCAGAAAGCUGUCGCCGCGUGGGGCGUCCACAGAGGUGCAGCAGCACACACUGCAAAGAGAGCAUUUGCAUCGCUGAGUGCCGUACGCGUUGAGCGCGGCCCUAAGACGUCGUCGGCGCGCGUAGAACAGGGCUGCAAAGCAGCACACUAGCCUACAAAGAAAGCAACGAUGAUGCGCCGCCAGCGAAGGAGAGAACAGCACGUGCGCCAGACCUACAACGACACCGCGGCGCGCUACGAGCAGACGGAUGAAGGUUUGUUGGAGCCCGAGACGCCGACGGAGCGCACGCACAAGACGCAGCAGAAGGCUAUUGUCGAAGCGACGUCCGCGAACGCCGCGGCCAACGCCUGGCGCAAGGCCUUGCCGAAGGGGCCCUACGGUAUUAACGUCGCGAGGACGGGGCGCCAUGCCGUUUGUUAUGGAGCGGGCGGCCGCGUGGAGGUCCUAGAUUUACACAGAAACGUGCGCACGGCCGAGGUGCGCUGCGGCGAAGUUUGUCGAGCGGCGACGUUUUUGCAUGAUGAGACCAUGGUCGCAGUAGCACAGAGGAAGUACGUCUACGUCUACGACCAGGACGGCGCCGAGGUCCAUAGGAUGGCGAAGCAUCUCGAGCCGGAGCACUUGUCCUACCUCCCGUUCCACUUCUUAUUGGCAUCAGCGGGCCACGCGGGCUGGCUGAAAUAUAACGACGUCUCGACGGGCCAGUUCGUCGCCGAGCACAACACGAAAGCGGGCGCGCCGCGAUCAUUAGCGCAGAACCCCCAGACCGCCGUGUUAUGUCUGGGCCACGGCAACGGCGUCUGCUCGCUCUGGUCGCCGGCGCAGUCCAAGCCGCUCGCGCGGUUGUUAUGUCAUCGCGGGGCGGUUUUGAUCCAGUGUCCGUCCGUCCGAACGCCAUCGACGCGGCGCCGCCUCGGCCGCGUCUGACGCCAUCGAUGCGACACUUCCACGCAUAGGUCGACGCCGUCGCGUGCGCGUUCGACGGGACCUAUCUAGCGACGGGCGGCAUGGAUGGCUUUGUUAAAGUGUGGGACUGUCGAACAUGGAGGGCCGUCAAGGAGCUGCGGUUGAGUGGACGCGCCCCGGUCUCCCUGGCGUUUUCGCAGACGGGCCGCAUCGCCGUCACUUGUGCGAAAUCGGUAGAAAUCUACGAGUCCGCAAAGAAGCUCAAGGCCUUUCAACCUUAUCUCUCACAUAAACUAGAUGGUUCCCACGCCACGAACUCAGUGUUUAGGCCGUUUGAGGACGUUCUGUUGGUUGGCCACGCCUUGGGCGUGGAUUCCAUCUUGGUGCCCGGUGCGGGCGAGGCGUCCUACGACGCUAUAGAUGGGGAUGAUCCAUAUAGAUCAAAGAAAGGGCGGAAGACGGCCGUGGUAAGGGGUUUGCUCGACAAACUACCCAUAGAGACUAUAACAUUACAAGGAGCGGGCUUCGUCGGUACGGUGGAGCGCGACGCCGCCGCCGCCGACAAGGAGCGACGCGCCUUGGAGGAGGACGCGAAUGCCGCCUUAUCAAAACGUAUCAAGGAAAAGAAAAAGACGCGCGGCCGGUCGAAGCUCAAGGCCAAGCUCAAGAAGCGCAUGAAGAACGUCGUCUCGAAGGAGACGCAAUUACUAAAGGAGAAGCUCGCCGCUCGUAAAAAGAAGCAGGCUGAUUCUGUUGCGGUUCAGGAGGCGGCGCCGACGACGGCGCUCGAUCGGUUGUUCGCGCGGAGUAGUCGACGGUAAGUGGUUUGUGCGUUA